GAGGGGGCAGGGAUGGAAGCAAGGCAGGCAGCCCUGAGGGACUAGACACUCCCUUAGAACAGCUGGAUCACUUGUGACUGUGGCUCAUUGUGCCUGACGCCACCACAGCGGCAGCACACAAGGGCUGGAUGGGAGUCUCUAGCCUGCUGCAGGUGCCGAGGACACUAGCUCCUGAAGACCUGGGCUGCAGGGCCCCUUGCUGCCUUUCAUGUCCUCCAGUAUGGCCGUGCAGGGACUUCACGGCCCACACGGGAUAUGAGGUACUGCUGCAGCGGCUGCUGGAUGGCAGGAAGAUGUGCAAAGAUGUGGAGGAGCUGCUCAGGCAGAGGGCCCAGGCGGAAGAGAGGUACGGGAAGGAGCUGGUGCAGAUUGCGCGCAAGGCUGGUGGCCAGACAGAGAUCAAUUCCCUGAGGACCUCCUUUGACUCCCUGAAGCAGCAGACAGAGAACGUGGGCAGCGCACACAUCCAGCUGGCCCUGGCCCUCCGUGAGGAGCUGCGGAGCCUGGAGGAGUUCCGUGAGAGGCAGAAAGAGCAGCGGAAGAAGUAUGAGGCUGUCAUGGACCGUGUCCAGAAGAGCAAGCUGUCACUCUACAAGAAGACCAUGGAGUCCAAGAAGGCAUAUGACCAGAAGUGCCGGGAUGCAGAUGAUGCUGAACAGGCCUUUGAGCGCAUGAGUGCCAACGGCCAUCAGAAGCAAGUAGAAAAGAGCCAGAAUAAAGCCAAGCAGUGCAAGGAGUCCGCCACCGAGGCAGAGCGAGUAUACAGGCAAAAUAUUGAACAGCUGGAGAGAGCGAGGACUGAAUGGGAGCAGGAACACCGGACCACCUGUGAGGCCUUCCAGCUGCAGGAGUUUGACCGACUGACCAUCCUCCGAAAUGCCCUGUGGGUGCACUGUAACCAGCUCUCCAUGCAAUGUGUCAAGGAUGAUGAGCUCUAUGAAGAGGUACGGCUGACACUUGAAGGCUGUAAUGUGGACGGUGACAUCAAUGGCUUCAUCCAGUCCAAGAGCACUGGCAGAGAGCCCCCAGCUCCGGUGCCGUAUCAGAAUUACUAUGACCGGGAAGUCACCCCACUAAUUUGCAGCCCUAGUGUCCAGCCAUCCUGUGGUGUGAUAAAGAGGUUCUCUGGGCUGCUGCAUGGAAGUCCCAAGAUCACAUCUUCUCAACUACCUGCUGCUUCCACAGAUUCUCUGGCUCCUACUCCUGAGCACAAAGAGUUGGUCUAUGCAGCCAUCGACGUGCAGGCAACACAGGGGAACCAUGACACAUCAGCCCAGAACUACCGGGCGCUCUAUGACUACACAGCACAGAAUUCCGAUGAGCUGGACAUUUCUGCAGGAGACAUUCUGGUGGUCAUCUUGGAAGGAGAGGAUGGCUGGUGGACAGUGGAACGGAAUGGACAGCGUGGCUUUGUCCCUGGGUCCUACUUGGAGAAGCUCUGAGGAAAGACUGGUGCUCACACCUCUGCCCUCACAGUGAGGUUAGGACUGUUCUCACCACUGCCCAGGCCUCAUGGGGCCAGAACCAAACUUGGCUGCCCUGGGAUGAGAUGGAUACUGGCUACUCCCAGUGACUUUCUUCCAGGAGGAAUAAAGGGGAACAUUCUUUCUUUGCUCUUA